AUGGGUAACUCUAAUAAUUAAAUAUCUGAAUAUGGAGCUAUUGCAGUAAGAACAGAAAAACCAUUUUACUUUGCAGGUGAUUUAGUAAGAGGUAAAUAAAUUAUUCUAAAUUUAAGGAAAUAUCUUUUUAAACAUAUGUAAAGCAGGUUAUUAAGGAAAUAUUGUUCAACUUACCAUAAAAGGAAAAGAAAAAGUUGAAUGGGAUGAAAGAAGUGGAGAAGAUACAAGAACUUAUAGAGGGAAAAACAAAUUUUAUAUUUAAACAGUUCCAAUCUAUACAUUCUAAAAUUAAGUGGCAUAAGUAGGAUAAUAUGUUUUUCCUUUUCAAUUUUAAUUACCUUUACAUCUUCCAGGUUCUUUUUAUUCUAAAAAUUUCGAUGAAUUUGGUUCUAUUUGUUAUCAGGUUAAAGCAAAAUUUUCAACAACAUAACCAAACAAACCAAGUAUUAGAAAUAAAUAAGAAUUCAUCGUUAGAGAACCUAUCAAGCAAAUGGUGAUUAGUUAAUAAUAGGAAAGAAUUUCUAAUCUUAAAGUUUGUUGUUGUUUUGAAAAAGGAGUAUUUUUUAAUUUUAUAUAAGAGUUCAAGAAUUAAAAGCUUUUGUGAUAAGAAUCAUUAUCUACCAGGAGAAUAAGCAUAAUUGACUAUUGAAAUUGAUAAUUAGAAUUGUAAUUUGAAUAUUGAAUCUUUUGAUAUAGAAUUAGAAAAAGUAUUAGUAUUGAAAGCUAAUUCUUAUACAAAUAAAACAAAAUAAAAAAUAUUAACUCAAAGAAUUCCAGGAAUUUAAGCUAGAACCUAAUAAAUUGGAUCAUAAUGUAGAAAUGUUUAAAUAACUCUCUUGAAAUAAAACAACCCAUAAAUUGAAUUAACCCCUACAACAAAUGGUCAUAUAGUGAAUUAACAAUAUUAUAUUAAAGUUAUACCGAAAUUUGAAGGUAUCAUUUUUUUUAAUUAUAAUAAGGUUGUAUUUGCUGUUCAGAAAAACCAAUCAUAUCAUUUUAAAUAGUUUUAUUAUUUAAAAUUCCAUCAAAUUACUUUUAACCAAUUCCUUAGCCAUCUAAUUGGAAUCCUUAAACAUUUGAACCUGUCUUAAUAAAUUUUGAAGGUUAAUAGAAUAUAGAGAUGUAAAAUAAUUAAAUGUAAUAACAUCAUCCAUUUAUUGUCAAUUAAUGA